UGCACUUUCACUUCACUGGACCCAAAAUAAGCAAACAGCAGUAGUCCAGUGGUGAUUAGUAAGGCACUCCUCAGCAAGAUGGCUGCAUUGCUGCACGGAAUAGUGGCAUCCUGGUGAAAUGACGCAAGCCACAGUUUACGUUCAGUUUAGUGGCUCGAGCUUUCCAGUCUCCAUAGCGCAGAUCCCGCCCGACAGACAGCCGGAAGACCGGCUAUUCUCCAGUGGACCGAGCGGAACCGGUUCAUCAAAGUGAGAGUGCGAUGAGGAGAGGCUUCAGAGUGUGAGGCCAUGGGCUGCACCUCGGCCAAGCAGGUGUCGGCCGUGCCCAACGAUGAGGAGGGACGCGGCAAGGCCUACAGCAACGGGGACCUCUUCACUGACGAAUACAAGAUGAAGGGAGUGGAGGAGGUGAAGUACAUGAGGGGAGAAGAGGACCGGGUGAAUGCACGCAACCAGGAGAACCUGGAGAAGAGUAGUGUGCAGUACAGGGGCAAACAGCAUAAAGAGGUCGCUGGAGCAAACGUCAACAAGACUAAUAUUCACACAUCAGAAAGCCAGCAGGAGUUUUUCAGGAUGCUGGAUGAGAAGAUUGAGAAGGGGCGGGACUACUGUUCGGAGGAGGAGGAAGAUGGGACAUAGCACAGACGCCCUCAGAACUGACCAUCACAGUGUGUGUGUGUGUGUGUGCGUGUGUGUGUGUGCGCGCGUCUGUUUGUGUGUGUGUACGUGUGUGUGCGUGUGUGCGCGAGUGUAUGAGAGAGAGAAAGAGAGACAGAGACAGACAGCUGAACCAGUGUUUGACCGACGGGGCGUUUGUAUGUGUGUGUUUGCUGAACAUGUGACAAAGAAAGUAUUUUGAAUGCCAGUGGAAAGAAUGGAAAAAAGUGAAAGAGAGAGAGAGGGGAAGAAUGGAACAAUGAACACUAUCCUCAGAGUCUACGGCCCUCUUCUCUCAACGAGCACCCCGCCGCCGCCUCCUCUCCCGGGCCCCUGAGAGGACAGACAGCGGUGGAGGAGCCAAGCAGGGGAGGGGGAGAUGGAGUGACGAGGAGAACGUGAUGGACGGACAUCACUUCAAGCUUGCCACAGUCAGACCAGAGGGUCCGCUUUUGCUUUUUCUGCACAGAACAACAGCAACCCUCCAUCCCUCCAUCCCUCCAUCGACCCUUCCACAUCUGUCCCACAAUCCCCUGUGCCGUGGUCCAGCCUCGAGUAGCUCACCCCUUCAAGACUACCGCAAGAAACAGGAACUCCCAAAUACGGAGGCCCGGCAAGGACAUAUAUGGAAGUCUUGCGUUGCCCACGCCAGAUCCCGGUUGGUAUCUGGAGGACUAAGAGACUAAUAAAAUGGAGAAAUGAGCGAGUUUGGAGGGAGGAGGAGACGGCGAAAGGAAGAGGAGGUGGACGAGGGGCGGCGAGGUUGCAGUUAUGUAACCCAACCAAAACCCACACUGAACUUUGGCCUCCCUGCAGCUAGGCUGGCCCGGACCAACAGGGACUGAGAGAAUUUGUUGGGGGAAGGGGAGGAGAGGGGCAGGGGACGAGGGAGGGAGGGAGGGAGGGAGGGAAGGUGGGAAAGAAAGAGGAAACAAAAUUCCUGAUAUUUUAAUAAGAGAGAGUAGGGAGUGAGCAGGUGAUUUAGAAGCUCUGAACUCCUCCUGCCUUUUGAAGUCAAGGACCUUUUUUUUUUUUUUUUUUUUAUUCUGUUCCACAGCAACUAAGUUUGGUUAUUCUCCCCUUUUUUCAAUGUUAUAUCUUCAGGCUGUUCUUCUGUUGGCCUACUUCCUAGUGUAUCAUCAACAUCAACAUCAUCAUCCUCCUUAUCACAUCUGAUAAAAGCUGCGUAAAGUCACAGCCUCCGUGUCUCAACCCAAUCCAUCCUCCCCAGUAUACCCUCACACAGCAGGCCGUCAGGACACACACUUUUUACAUAAUGCAAUCUUGGAGUCACUGACAUGGUAACGCACAGUCUCAUUCAAAUGCACAUCUGCAUAGCCAUAUAAACACACAGGAAUACACACAUAUUAUUGUACCCUUUUCAUUUCACCAGCAGACUGUGUAUCAGUAAGAGGUGUUCUGUGUUGGAAGCGGCUCUGUAUUCCUGCUCUUGCAGCGCUCAUGACCCCUUCUUCUUCUUCUUCUUCUGUGUUGUGAGCUCAGCUUCUCUUCGGCUCAGCAGUAUUGAAGCUUACUGGCAUCAAGUGAAGUCACCCUCUCCUUUCAGCAUGCACACACUCAUAUAUACACACACACGCGCGCACACAAACACAACCGGGCACACAAGCAGUAAACUGGGCUGAGCUUAAAUGGGUAGAGGUACGGUUGCCGUGGAGACACAGGCCUGAUCACAUUUCUAUUGUCAUCGUUCCCAGAUACUUCCUGUUUAUUAUUUUCAAUAUAUUUUUGUUUUCGUUUUUCUAUUAAAAAUAAAAACAAAGAAGCUGGUCAUG